AUGGCCAAGAAGCUCAUCGUGAUCGCCGGAGCGACCGGCAACCAGGGUUCUGCCAUCGCCCGCGGAUUGCUGAAGACGGGAGAUUGGCAUAUCCGUGCCGUGACCAGGAAUGUGAACGGAGACAAGGCACAGAAGCUUGCUGCUGAGGGCAUGGAGGUUGUCCAGGGCGAUUACGAUGACGAAGAAUCUAUGAGAAAGGCCUUUGAUGGAGCGCAAGCCAUCUUCGCCGUGACUAACUGGUGGGAUGGCCUCUUUAGAGGCGCAAGUAUGAGCGAAGCUGGAGAUGUCGAGUACGGCCAAGGUUGCAUGCUCGCGAGGCUGGCGUCUCAAGUGAAGACGUUGGAGCAUUACAUCUGGAGCACACUUCCCAACGGAGAAAAAAUGACAAAGGGCAAGAUCCCUGUUCCCCACUUCGACUACAAGGCCAGGGUCGACGAUUACAUCAAGGAGACCCUGCCGGAAUUGGCGGCUAAGACAACCUUCCUCAUGUUUGGGUUCUACCCCUCCAACUUUGCCUUUUUCCCCAUGUUGAAACCCAUCCCAGUGGGCACUGCGCCGGGAAAAUAUGUCUGGUUGCUUCCAGCGCAUCCUUCGACGCUGUAUCCCAUGGCUGGUGAUAUGAGCAAGGAUCCAGGUGUAUGGGCAAGGCAGAUCCUGGCCAACCCCAAGAUAUCGCAUGGCAAGUACGCCGCUGUUUGCACGGAGGUUGUCCCUCUCGGAAAGGUGCUCGACACAUGGUCUGAAGUUUCAGGAAACAAAGGGAUAUAUGUGCAGGUGGAGCCGCGCAUUGUCAGUGACAUGUUCGGUGUGCCAGGAGAAGAGUUUGUUACAGGAGUAAACUUUGGUGUUGCAGUGCCUGAUUGGUGGGCGCAAGCCAAGGAAUGGGGUCUCUUCCUUACCAUGGAAGAUCUGGGCAUCUCAAAGGACGAGGUGUCCAACCUUCGACAAAGUCUUGAGGCAGUGAAAGAGUUUUUGGGCUAA